AUGGAAUCUUUUCACAAGAUAAUGAUCUGGGCCUUUGUUAUCCUCGCUGCGUUUUCCUAUCCGGUCCGGGGUUUCUACCUCCCCGGCAGUUACCCCCACAAGUACGCCGUCGGCGACUACCUCAACGUCAAGGUCAACUCGUUGACCUCGAUCGACACCGAGCUUCCUUACGGCUACUACAGCUUCCCUUUCUGCCGCCCCAAGGAGGGCAUCAAGGACAGUGCCGAGAACCUGGGCGAGAUCCUCAUGGGCGACCGGAUCGAGAACUCCCCCUACCGGUUCAAGAUGCACACCAACGAGACCGACAUCUUCCUUUGCCAGACUAAACCCUUGUCGGCCCACGAGUUCAAGCUCCUGACAAAGAGGAUUGACGAGAUGUACCAGGUAAACUUGAUCCUUGACAACCUUCCCGCGAUCCGCUACACUUCAAAAGACGGGUUCACGAUGAGGUGGACGGGUUAUCCAGUGGGUGCCAAGGUGGACGGUGGCUACUAUGCAUUCAACCACCUGAAAUUCAAGGUCCUCGUCAACAAUUACGAGGAAUCUGCCAAUGUGGUCAUGCCCUCAUCAAGUUCUGGGUACAUGGUCGUGGGGUUCGAGGUUGUGCCCUGCAGCUUCCGGCACGAGUCGGGCAGUGCCAAGAAGCUGGGCAUGUACGAGAGGUACCCAGCCCCGAUCACGUGCGAUCCCGGCAGCGCAGCCAUGGAGAUUAAGGAAAACGAGCCACUGACCUUCUCGUAUGAAGUGUUGUUCGAGGAGCGGGACAUCAAGUGGCCGUCCAGGUGGGAUGCAUAUCUCAAAAUGGAGGGCGCCAAAGUGCACUGGUUCUCAAUUUUGAAUUCUCUUAUGGUGAUCACAUUCCUGGCCGGAAUCGUGCUCGUCAUUUUCUUGAGGACUGUUAGGCGGGACCUUGCUCGGUAUGAGGAGCUCGACAAGGAGGCCCAGGCCCAGAUGAAUGAGGAGCUCUCAGGAUGGAAAUUGGUAGUGGGUGACGUUUUCCGGGCCCCGGCCAAUCCCUCCCUUCUUUGUGUGAUGGUCGGGAGUGGGGUGCAGAUUCUGGGGAUGGCUGUGGUCACAAUUCUGUUUGCAGCCCUUGGGUUUAUGUCCCCAGCAUCUCGUGGGGCCCUCGUGAGCGGCAUGCUCUUCUUCUACAUGGUGCUUGGGAUUGCGGCCGGUUAUUCGGCUGUCCGUCUGUGGAGGACCAUUUUCAUUGGGGACCAUAAGGGAUGGGCAGUGCUUUCUUGGAAAGUCUCCUGUUUUUUCCCGGGCAUGGCUUUUCUCGUCCUCACAACCCUGAAUUUCCUAUUGUGGGGCAGUGGCAGCACUGGCGCAAUUCCCUUUUCGUUGUUUGUGAUCUUGAUCUUGCUCUGGUUCUGCAUCUCAGUGCCACUAACUGUUGUCGGGGGUUACUUUGGGGCCCAGGCGGCUCACAUUGAGUAUCCAGUCCGGACAAAUCAGAUCCUGCGUGAGGUCCCGCCUCAAAAGUACCCAUCUUGGCUUUUGGUUUUAGGGGCCGGGACCCUGCCGUUUGGGACGCUUUUCAUCGAGCUCUUCUUCAUCAUGUCGAGCAUUUGGAUGGGCCGUGUUUACUACGUUUUCGGGUUCCUUUUGAUUGUGAUGCUGCUUUUGGUGGUGGUUUGUGCUGAAGUGUCGCUCGUUUUAACAUACAUGCAUCUCUGUGUGGAGGAUUGGAGAUGGUGGUGGAAGUCGUUCUUUGCGUCUGGCUCGGUAGCUAUUUACAUAUUUAUUUACUCAGUUAAUUACUUGGUUUUUGAUCUCAAGAGCUUGAGCGGGCCUAUCUCUGCAACCCUUUACCUCGGGUAUUCCCUCCUGAUGGUGGUGGCGAUUAUGCUGGCCACUGGUGCUGUCGGGUUCCUUUCAUCAUUUUGGUUUGUGCACUACCUUUUCUCGUCCGUGAAGCUGGAUUGA